AAAGCUUUUGAUUGAGGUUUUUUGCAUUAGAAAGAUGAAAUCAUAUUACAUUUUCAUUCUCCUUGUAUUUUUCUUAGCUUCAUUUCUUAGAUCAUCAUCUUCCUAUGCUCCUAAGCACCCUUUCCAUGGAAUUUCUCCUCAAGAUUUGAAUUACUACAAAUCAUCAUCGGAUAUCAUUAAAUGCAAAGACGGAUCCGGGAAAUUCUCCAAAUCUCAGCUCAAUGAUGAUUUCUGCGAUUGUCCUGACGGCACAGAUGAACCUGGUACAUCCGCCUGCCCGGCUGCAAAAUUCUACUGCCAAAAUGCUGGACAUGUUUCGCAAUUCUUUUUUUCCUCUAGAGUCAAUGAUGGCAUUUGCGAUUGUUGUGAUGGGAGUGAUGAGUAUGAUGGUAAAGUGAAGUGCCCCAAUACGUGUUGGGAGGCUGGUAAAGUGGCUAGAGACAGGCUGAUGAAAAAAAUCAGUACUUAUAAGGAGGGGAUUACGUUGAGAGAGCAGGAAAUUGAAGUGGCUAAAGUAGGUAUAGCUAAAGAUGAAGCAGAACUAGCAAAGCUUAAAAACGAGGAGAAAUCAUUGAAGGACAUUGUUGAACAGCUUAAAGAACAAAAAGAACAAAUAGAGAAGGCAGAGGAGAAAGAAAGGUUGCAAAAAGAGAAGGAAGAAAAUGAGAAAAGAAAAGCUGAGGAAGCUUUAAGAGAAAAUGGGAAAGCUGAGGAGGAAGGAAAGGUGGAAAAUGAGAAAGUUGAGCAAGAAGCUAGCAGUGAAGACAAACACGAAGAAAGUACAGAUGAUGAUAAAAUUGGUAACAUUGAGGAUUCUUCUGUAAAUGAGCAGGACCCUAAAGUAGAUGUUAAUGAGGGUGAUCCAUCAAACAAAGUUGAAAACAGUGAUAUUUCCAAAAACGAAGGAGUUCCUCUUAAUAAGGGAGAGGAGCAUGUGUUAGAAAAUAAGCAUGAGUCUUCUUCACCAAGACACAAUGAUGAUUCUGUGGUGUCACCUGAAGUUGAUGAAGAUGCCGGAUGCAAAAUACCACCUGGUGAAGACAAGAAAACAGAGAGUGAUGCAUCUGAAAUUACAGAGGCAUUGUCGAGGGAAGAGUUAGGUCGUCGUAUUACUUCCCGUUGGACUGGGGAAAGUACUGAGAAUCAAGGGGGAACAAAACAUGAUACUGAUGAAAGCCAUGAAGAAACUCAUAAGGACGAACAUGAUGAGGAAGAAUAUGACAGCUAUGCUUCUGAUAGUGAGGAGGAGGAAACUGGAAAGUAUGAUGAUAGUAUAGAUGAUGUAGAUGAUGAACCGGAUGAAGGUUAUGAAGAGGAGAAUCAUGAUGACUCAACCUCGUACAAAUAUGACACAGAUGAUGAAUCUUACUUGUCAGAAACAAGCUCCUCAAAUAACCAGUCUUGGUUGGAGAAGAUACAAAGAACGUUUAGGAAUGUUCUUGAUGCUGUUAAUGUAUUCAAAACUCCAGUGAAUAUAUCAGAUGCAGCUCAUAUACGCAAGGAAUAUGAUGCAGCCAGUGCCAAGUUGUCUAAAAUACAAUCUAGGAUAUCAAGUUUGACACAAAAGCUCAAACAUGAUUUUGGACCCAAGGAGGAGUUCUAUGCGUUUUAUGAUCGUUGUUUUGAGAUCAAGCAAAACAAGUAUGUUUACAAAGUUUGCCCAUACAAGCAAGCUUCUCAAGAGGAGGGCUACUCAAAAACCAAUUUAGGACGUUGGGACAAAUUUGAGGACGGAAACAAGAUGAUGGUGUUUUCAAAUGGAGAUAAGUGUUGGAAUGGCCCAGAUCGAAGCAUGAAGGUGAAAUUAAGAUGCGGCUUGAAAAACGAGAUCACCGAUGUUGAUGAACCAAGCCGUUGCGAAUAUGUAGCUAUAUUGUCCACCCCAGCUCUUUGCCUCAAAGAUAAGCUGAAGGAGCUGCAAGAUAAACUAGAUUUGUUGAACAAAGAACAACCUCGGGAACAUGACGAACUUUGAGGAAACCAGAUAGAAGAUUCAGACAACGAUUAGAGGAUGUUGACUCCAUAACAAAUCUAUCAUUAGAACACGUAUCAGUUCAUUCCUAGUUAAUGAAGAGAUGUAGAAUGUGGCCUUUUCGAGCUAGUAGUGAAGGAUUUCAAGCAAUAUCUGAGGUAGCCUCCUGAAUUUUUUUUUUCAUAUGGGAGUAUUCUUCAUGUUGCGGUUUUUAUAGAUGGAUUGAGGUACGAUUAUGUUUGUUCGGUUGAGCUGAACUGAUUAUGGUAAAAAAUGAAUUGGUCCCGUGCCAUGAUUUUUCGAA